GCACGGCUGCUAGCGGUCGCUGCUCUUCGGCGUCCCGGAGCCGGUGCCCGCAGGAGCCCUCCGCGCCCGGCUCACGGUCGCCCGCCAUGUCCGCCCUGCUGGAGAUCAAGAGCAGCGUGCUCAGGCAGGUGCAGGUGUGCCCGUCCUUCCGCCGCAGGGCUGAGCAGGAGCCAGACAGCACCCAUGCCGACCCGCAGGAGCCCGCCACCGGGGCCUGGAAACCCGGAGACGGCGUGGAGUUCUUCGCACACAUGCGCCUGCUCCUGAAGAAGGGGGAAGGCAGACAGGGCCUGCCAUGCCCCGAGGUCCUCCUGCGCAGCAGCUCUCCAGCCCCUGCUGAGCCCGUGGACCCCAACCGGGGCCUGAGAGCCCUGGCCCAGGAGGAGGUGGAGAUGCUCUACGAGGAAGCCUUGUACACGGUCCUCUACCGUGCGGGGACCAUGGGCCCCGACCAGGUGGACGACCAGGAGGCCCUGCUUGGCUACCUGCAACAGGGGUCCCCUGGGCCCCUCCCACUUGCCCACCCUCCACAGGUGUUUGGCACCAGCCCCGAGGAGCACGCUGAGGCCAUUGGGCGUGUGAAGGCGGCCAAGGCCCCCACGUACGCCCUGAAAGUCUCUGUCAUGCGCGCCAAGAACCUUCUGGCCAAAGACCCCAAUGGCUUCAGCGACCCCUACUGCAUGCUGGGCAUCCUGCCGGCCUCGGGUGCCCCCCGGGAGCCUGGUGCGCAGAAGGAGCAGCGUUUCAGCUUCCGAAAGGGCGGCAAACGUGGCGGCCCACUGCCAGCCAAGUGCAUCCGGGUCACGGAGGUCAAGAGCAGCACGCUGAACCCCGUGUGGAAGGAGCACUUCGUCUUCGAGAUCGAGGACGUCAGCACGGACCAGCUGCACCUGGACAUCUGGGAUCAUGAUGAUGAUGUGUCCCUGGUGGAAGCGUGCAGGAAGCUGAACGAAGUCAUCGGCCUGAAGGGCAUGGGCAGGUACUUCAAACAGAUUGUCAAGUCAGCCCGUGCAAAUGGGACAGCAGGGCCCACCGAGGACCACACUGAUGACUUCCUGGGGUGCCUCAACAUACCUGUCCAGGAGGUGCCUGUGGCUGGCGUCGACCGCUGGUUCAAGUUGGAACCGCGCUCCAGCGCGUCCCGUGUGCAGGGGGACUGCCACCUGGUCCUCAAGCUGAUCACCACGCAGAGGGACACGGCCAUGAGCCAGCGCGGGCGAUCUGGCUUCCUGUCCUACCUGCUGCUGCUCAGCCGCCUGCUGCAGUUCGAGCACCGCGCCGAGGAGCCCAACUCCAGCAGCUGGCGCGGAGAGCUCAGCGCGCCCGCGGCCACCGUGCUCUGCCUGCACGGGGCGCAGAGCAACCUGUCGCCCUUGCAGCUGGCCGUGCUGCACUGGCAGGUCAGCAGCCGCCACCAUCAGACCCGCACGCUGGACUAUGGCUACUUGCUGGGGCUGCUGGAGGACUUGCAGGUGCACUGGGAGGAGGCGGCCUCGCUGCCCCAGGAGCAGGAGGAGAGCCUGGCUGACAGCUUUUCCGCGUUCUCUGAGUUUGGGCUGCGGCUGCUGCGCCAGCUCCGAGACUACUUCCCCGCCACCAACAGCACAGCCGUCUACCGCCUGGAGCUGCUGCUCAAGUGGGUGCAGCUGCGGCGGGGGCGGGGGCGGGGGCGGGGGCGGGGGCUAGUGGGGCAGGCUCUGAGUUACCGGCUGCCUUCACCCAGGUGUCUCAGCAAGCUGCAGCUCUUCCAGCCCUCCUUUGAGAUCUGUCCCUUUGAGACGGAGCUGAACAUGGACAUUGCUGCCGCCCUGAAGAGAGGCAACCGGGAGUGGUACGACAGGCUGCUGAACGCCAAGAGUGCUCGAGAGCAGCCCGGGCCCCAGCGCCUUCCUGGGCUCAUUGAGCUAGCCGACGCCAUCUAUGAUGACCUGCAGUCCUGCUUCAGCAUCUAUGCCAGCCUCUUCCACAGCAUCCUCAAGGUGGACUUCUUCACCCUUACCUUCCGGCAGCUGGAGCGUCUGGUGGCUGAAGAGGCAUGGGUCCUGACAGAGGAGCUGAGCCCCAAGAUGACCCUCCAGGUGGCCUCGGGACUCUUUGAGCUCUACUUGACUCUGGCGGACAUUCAGCGGUUCUGGAGCAGCAUCCCUGGCCGGGACAGCCGCUCCCUGGCCCUGGCCGGCAUCCACGCUCCGUUCCUGCCUGCCGUGAAGCUCUGGCUGCAGGUACUGCGGGACCAGACCAAGUGGCGGCUUCAGGGAGCCGUGGACAUGGACACGCUGGAGCCCACGGACACCACCUCCAAGCACAGCAGCUCCGCAGCCACUGCUGGCCUCUGCUUCAGCCACGUUCAAGAGCUCUGGCUCCGCCUGGCGUGGCCUGACCCGGCACAGGCCCAGGUGCUGGGCACCCAGCUCAGCCAGGACAUGUGUGAGGCUGUCCUCUUCUACACGGAGCUGCUUCGGAAGAAGGUGGACACUCAGCCCGGGGCUGCUGGUGAGACAGUGAGCGAGCCACUCUGCGUGGUCCUCAACAACGUGGAGCUCGUGCGCAAGGCUGCCGGGCAGGCCCUGCGGGGCCUGGCGUGGCCGGAGGGGCCCUCGGGGCUUGAGGGGGUGCUUCCCCGCCCCCUGCUCAGCUGCAUGCAGACUCUGGACGAGGACCUGCAGCGGGAGGCCCGCACUGUGACGGCGCACCUGACCUCCAAGAUGGUGGGCGACAUCCGCAAGUAUGUGCAGCACGUCAGCCUCUCCCCCGACUCCAUUCAGAAUGAGGAGGCUGUGGCCCCGCUCAUGAAAUAUCUGGACGAGAAGCUGGCCCUGCUGAACACCUCCCUGGUGAAGGAGCACCUGAGCAGGGUGCUGGAGGCCCUCUGGGAGCUGCUCCUGCAGGCCAUCCUGCAGGCACUGGGCGCAGACCGAGACGUCUCUGCUGACUUCUAUGGCCGCUUCCACUUCACACUGGAGGCCCUGGUCGGUUUUUUCCAUGCCGAGGGCCAGGGCCUGCCCCUGGAGAGCCUGCGGGACGGAAGCUACAAGAGGCUGGAGGAGGAGCUGCGGCUGCACAAGUGCUCCACCCGCGAGUGCAUCGAGCAGUUCUACCUGGACAAGCUCAAGCAGAGGUCCCUGGAGCAGAACCGGUUUGGACGCCUGAGCGUCCGGUGCCAUUACGAGGCGGCCGAGCAGCGGCUGGCCGUGGAGGUGCUGCACGCCGCCGACCUGCUGCCCCUGGACGCCAACGGCCUGAGCGACCCCUUUGUGAUCGUGGAGCUGGGCCCGCCGCACCUCUUCCCGCUGGUCCGCAGCCAGAGGACGCAGGUCAAGGCCCGCACGCUGCACCCGGUGUACGACGAGCUCUUCCACUUCUCUGUGCCUGCAGAGGCGUGCCACCGCCGCGGGGCCUGCGUGCUGUUCACGGUCAUGGACCACGACUGGCUGUCCACCAACGACUUUGCCGGAGAGGCGGCCCUUGGCCUGGCCGGCGUCAGUGGGAUUGCACGGCCCCAGGUGGGAGGGGCCGUGAGGGCUGGGCAGCCUGUCACCCUGCACCUGUGCCGGCCCAGAGCCCAGGUGAGGUCGGCGCUGCGGAUGCUGGAAGGGCGCGGCAGCAAGGAGGCACAGGAGUUCGUCAAGAAACUCAAGGAGCUGGAGAAGUACAUGGAGGCCGACCCCUGAGCCCCCACCCCCAGCCCUCCCCAAGUGCCCUGUGGUGUCCUGCUCACCGUGGCUAGCUUUGUGCAGCCAGCACCCAUGGCGCCCCUCCCAGCUGUGUGACGUGUGUGCUGUGGCUGGACCCCUGGCUUCCACCUGCCCUGGCUGUGUCCCUGUGCUGUGUGCUGUGAACCGUGUGCCCCAGCCCCCAGUCUGGGUAGCCAGCUCGGCAGGACCUGGCCAGCAGCUGCCCCCUGGACACAGCGGAUGACAGUGGGCCUGGCUACAGGUGGGCUUCUCCACCCAUGACCUUGGACAGGUGGGCGGGCACCUGGUCUUGGUGGCUUUGCUCCCUAGGGGACACGGGGCAACGUCUGGAGAUGUUUUUGGUGGUUGCCACUGGGGAGUGCAGGGGGUUGGGGGGACUAUGGGAACCAGUGGGUAGAGGCCGGGGGGGCGCUGCUCAGCAUCCUGCCAUCAAUCAGCCCCUGACAGAGCCACAGGGCAGAGCCCCAUGGCAGAGGAAGCUCCCUCUUCUGUCUCUGUAGGGGGAGGGCGAGGCCUCCGCAGGCCUGAGGGGCAGGAAGGCCGGUGAUGAGGUUUGGGCAGCCCAAGCCUUGGAGGGAAGCAGCUCCUGGGACCCAGGUGCAGGCAGUGGUGAGAGCAUGGUGUGUUCAGUGGCCCUCUCCCGGCUGUGGAAUCCUCCACCCAGAGUGGAUGUGGAGGGCAGGUCUGCUACGAACUGCACAGGCCUCCACUCCCCACCGGGCUCUAGGCCUGGGAGAGGUUCCCGCAGGGUCACUCUGUGAAGCUGUGGCUAUCAACCAAGGCGGUGGUCAGUGUAAGGAGCUCCGUGCCCACUGGUCACUGUCCUUUCACAUACACAUACGUGACCACACAGGACUUAUUCUGUGGCCCAGACCCUUCCUUACCAGAGACCAAGAGUCCUCCAGCCCCUACCAGGCCCAGCGCAAAGAACCAGACUCACACAGGGGCUCCUUCCCAGCCAGCAGCUUCAUUGAGAGGCUCCAAGGCGGGACCCAGAGCAAGGCCGUGAGAAGCUGGAUGGCCAGUCCUCUGGGGGCGAGACCGCCAGGCCUGCCUGUGUUCCCAUGUCUCUCAAUUUCCUUGUCACCCAGUCUCUGCAAUACACACGCCUGCAACCUUCA